AUGUCUUUUCCAUAUAAUGACUGGACCUCCGUGGCCGAAAGCCAACGCGGCUUCCCCAACCAUGCCCAUAGCGCCACUAACCGACAACCUCAGCAGUCUUCUGGACUACAAAGUGAGAAGACGGGUUCAAAUAGCCAUCCUUUUUCACAGCCUUAUGGGCCACCUCCGACAGCCUCAAGGAGCAUAGGUGGUGAUGCCGAAUUUACGUCCUUGCAAAGCUCUGCAGCACCAUUCCUCUCUGGUCAUCCGUCCUCAGUAAACAUAGACAGUCGGUUACACACUACAAGCGCACUCACUACAACAGAUUUAUUCCCGCCGCCAUAUCACAAAAAUUUCCACCGAUCAGUUCACUCGUCUGAACUACCUUUUGAUACAAACAAGCCGCAGCACCCAGUCGUGAUCCCCACGAAGGAACCACCAAGCUGUCAGAAGAAAACUCAGGCGCAGUUGUCGGGCCAGUCGCUUAGGGGUCUUGGGGGCAGUGGCACAUCCAACAUUCCCAAUCUUCUAGGCCCGGACAGGGUAGACGUCGUAAACGGCAUCAUGUUCAGGCUUAGCAUGCGACAACAACCACAAGCCGCAAGGGCUUGUGGAUUCGGCGACAGGGACAGGCGAGUCAUUGAUCCGCCACCUAUUGUCCAGCUAUAUGUCGACGGCCCUUCACUGUCUAAAGAUGAAGCAAAAUCGUAUCUACGAUAUGAGAGCUACGUUAUGAAUUGCUCGAUAUGUGAUGAGUCGGGAACACAGGACGCAUCCUUCAUGCCUGAGGAAUAUCAGCAUCAAAGACGACUGAUGGGAUCACUUGUCGGAACCCCUUUUGUAGGAAUGGACGAUCAUGGUGAGGAGGGCUGCUUCUUCUGUUUUUCAGAUCUAUCAUGUCGAACUCCCGGGGCAUUCCGUCUAAAAUUUACGCUUAUUAUGAUAGACCCGGCCCGCGCCGGAGUGAUUCGACACUUCCCCAUACUCACCGAAAUCGUGAGUGAUGUGUUCCAUGUAUACAGUGCCAAGGAGUUUCCAGGCAUGUUACCGAGUAGCGGCUUAGCCAAACGGCUGAAAGAGCAAGGUUGCAUCAUUUCCAUCAAGAAGGGCAACGAUCGAACCAAGAACGCUAGAGGACAAGAUGAAUUAUCAGAUGAAGACGGAGCAGGAGAAGGUUCUCAGGGACAACGGAAGCGGCGUACUGUUCGGGAUUAG